UAGAAUAUAACUCAAACAUCAUGCCUUGCCUCUCUUGAAAACAUUUGCCAAGACGAAGCUAAGAAUCUAAAACCAAUCCUUUCAAGAUAUUAAAAAGCAAAUACUUAAGACGACGAUUAUAUUUUUCCUGAUUUCUUUCCUUCAAACGCUCUACAAACCCUCAGGUGGAUGAAUCCUGCUGUUUCUUUAACCAACUAUGGCGAUUCCUUCUGUACAAUCCACAACAACAUGCACGAACUGUGAUAAAACAAUCCCAUUACCAAAUAUCAAUCUGCAUAUCGCACAUUGCACCCGUAACUUAGAAAGAUGCAAGUCUUGUGGAGAAAUGAUUCCUGUUAGGCACGCCGAGAGACAUUACUCGAUCAGACAUGUUCCGGUGGCUUGUAAACUAUGUAAUAAGACAGUUGAGCGAGCAAAUUUGGCUCUGCACAAAUGUCAAAGCUGUCCGCUGAGAAUUGUCAGCUGCGAAUAUUGCAACUUCCGGUUACCUGCAGUAGAGCUCUUUGAGCACCACGAAAUUUGUCGGAAUCAAAGGCUGAGUUAUCAUCGUUGCCGCCCCCGCAGGGAAAAUCGUGCACAAGGGGCUCCAAGAAGGUGGUCGGAGAAAUCUUGGCCGCCAAAGCAAUUUCUUGUAACAGUUGCUAUAACCGGAGCUGCUAUUUUUCUGAACUCGGUUUUCUUUCAAAGGAAGGAUGAUAAAGGAAAAUCGAUACACUACAUUUGAGAAGAUUAUGAUCCUUUCUUUACUAUGAAGGAAUUGUAAACAAUGUCAUCCACACGCUCAUCUCAUCUAUAAAUUUGAAUGUUUCUAUUCUUACAACUGUAAACAUGGUAUGAAUAUGUAAGAGAAAUUUGAAACAACAGUUAAAAUGUUCCAUUAUUUUAAUUUUUUUUUAUACAU